AAGAAACAUUAGAGGUUUUGGGUUAGUUUUGGAAGAGGUUGGGUGUCAGUACAGAGAGAGAGGGAGAGGCAGAAACACUGAAAGCGAAGUAGAGGUCAUGGGAUUGGGUUUGGGAGGGGUCUUUCAGGAAAAGAAGAGGUGUGGCUUGAUGUGGAAGAAGUGUGUGCCUAGAUUUUGAUUGAGUUUAAGAGACAGGUUUUAGGAGCAAAAGAGAGAUUUGGCUGAGCUUUUGGAGUGAAGUGCAUUGCAACUCACUAUAUGCUACUGCAGAUGUUCCCACAAGAAGUCCUAGAAAGAACCAUUGGUUUUUCUACAGUGAAUUAGCAAGCAGACAGACCAUGAUAUAAUCUUAGUCUGCGUGCUGGUAUCCAUUCUACUGUCUUUGGCAGAUAUAGUAAUUUUCAAGGCACCUCCAAUCUUGCAGGUAGUGUGUAUAACAAGGCUGCAGAUUAUGUUGAGCAGGUACAUGAUGGGAAAUUGAUGGUGAAUGGUGAAAUUCAAAAUGAAAAUUACAUAUUGGAGCCUCUUGCCUAUGAAAUGGAACCAAUCGUAAGUUGGAGCUCAAAAGUUGCAUAUAUUCAAGAAGUUGUGAAGACCAAGUUUUGUAAACUCGUAGAGACAGAGGUAUGGGAGUUUAGGGAUUGUGUUCCAAGCUCUGCCACCGACCUAUUUUUUGCCCUCUCUUCCUCCCAGCAGAACUUCUGAGUUUUUUGCUCUCAUUUCUUCCUUCUGCGUCCUAAACCGCCUUCUUCACUCCCUCAGACAGCUACCUCCUUAAUACCCUCUUCAACCGUGUCUUCAUCGGAGGUUCCAAUGCCGGGUCGGGUUUUGUCUCCACAAGCCGGUCUAUUUCAAUCACCAACAACAAAAGCCCACCUCCAAACUCACCCUCUCCUUACAACACAGCAAGAGUUUUCACCAAGCUAUAUCUUCAGCAUCAAGAAAACGGGAACUCACUUGUUUUUGUGCCCGUGAGGCCUAAGCUCCUCCACCAGUUGCUGCUUCGGAUUGUGAGAGAGAAUAAUUACUCUGCUUUUUGUUUAGAUGGUAUAAAGUUAAAAGUCAUAACCAAUUGAAUCUCAGCCUCAUUCUGCUGUACCUGUCUUUACAGUACCCUUUGAGCAAAGUGCGGGCAAACUUUCUAGUGUCCAUUUCAGAACAUAACAGAGCUUAAAAUACUUGGACGACGGACCCUUUCAGUCGACAAUUGCAUAGCUCACCCACCAUGGCAAUCGACAUUGCAACCUUAGAAGAGAGGUACAUUAAUUCCUGCAGGAAGCACUGUGUUUCACCUAAUGAUGCAAUUCUCUCUGUUCUGUUUAAGGCUGAGGUAAAAAAGUCUUGCAAUGAGCUCUGUAGCCUGGAGAUUUCAUUGGACCAUCUUAAGGAUGCUGAAUUCCCACCACUUCUUGAUUUAUGUAUGGAACUUGAUGCUUCUGAGGUUGAAGCAGUUGACAUACGCAAUGAAUCAUUGCAUGUUUUGAAUGGAAAAUAUGCGCUGUUGUUGAUGCGUGCUAUCAAUCAAAAGCUUCGAGUUGUUGAUCUCCAAGAUUUGGCACUUGGAAAGGAGUUCUUGAGGGAUCUUUCACAGAGAGGUUUGACAUGCCAAGUUUUAAACUUGAGAUCUUCACAUUUUCGGAAGCUCAAUAUGAUGGGAGAGUUCAUGCGGAUACACACCCUCAACCUUGACUUUAGUACUUCACUCACUAGUUUUCUGGAGGAUUGUUUUUCUUGCAUGCCCAAUCUAAUGUGCCUCUCUCUGUGCGAGACAAGAAUUUUAAAUCUCUGGACAACUAUUGCUGCGCUUUCUAAACUCCCUUCUUUGGUUGAACUUCGGUUUCAGCAUUGGUUAUGCUGCAAUGAUGUUGGGCCUUAUUCUGCAUCAUCUAGUGGGAAGUCACAUCACAAAACUUAUUCAAAUCAGCGAAAUAAUGGUAGAACAUCAUCCAUUAAUAUUGGGGAACUAACAGACCAGUACUCAAGCACAGAAGAGGUGCUCAGGAAUAUGUUUUUGCUUAAUAAUGUGGUUAUAAAUGAUGAUGAAAGUAGGGCUGAGGAUUCAGAUGAUAGCGAACUAGACUUUUCAAGUCCCCUGCAAGAACAUGGUUCCGUGGAGCAUUUGUCAAAUGUCUUUUCAAGAGGGAACAGACAGAUCAAUCAACAGACUGAGGAUUCUCUUGAUAACUUUCAGAAUCAAAAUGAGGCAGAGCCCUUAGCUGGUCCCUUCACAAAGUAUAUUGGAGACAAUUCAGUGAAAUAUAUUUCUUAUCAUGCUUCGCCAAUAUGUUUUGAGAAAUAUUAUAGAGAGUACAUGAUAGCCUCACUACCUCGUUUGAGAAUUUUAGAUAACUUGCCAAUUCGAAAGAUUGAUCAGGAAACUGCUAGGAUGACAUUUUCAGAAUAUUUUGAGCAUGUACCAUAUCAAAGAAAGCAUAAAGAAAACGUCAUUAGUGUGUUACAAAAGCGUGAAAUAAGAUCAAGUCAAAAUCAUGUACAAAGUCCUGGGAAAAAAGUAUCGAAUCUCUAUGGAAAGUCUCAAUGCUUCUAUACCAGGUCUCUUUCUGCUGCCAAGCUGGGAUCUUGUGCUUGGCCAUUCUUGAACCCGCUUUCUUUUUCAAGCAGUAUUCUGGUAGGUGAAAGUAAGAGCUUUCGUCCUAGGCAGUUUGAGUAUCAUCCAUCCAACUCCAGCCAUAUGGUCUUUGGAACAUUAGAUGGUGAAAUUGUUGUAGUCAACCAUGAGAAUGGGAAAAUUGUCAGUUAUAUCCCAUCACUAGGAGCAAUGAAUAGUGUGCUGGGACUCUGUUGGCUCAAGAAGUAUCCCUCUAAGCUAAUAGCUGGUUCAGAUAAUGGCUCAUUGAAAUUGUACGAUAUCCAUCAUAUGCGAUCAAUGGAAACAGGCAUAUGUGGUGGUGCCGAGUCUGUCUCAUUUGACGAGUUUGACCAGUUGACAUCUGUUCAUGUUAAUUCCACGGACGAGCUAUUUCUUGCUAGUGGAUACUCGAGAGACGUUGCCUUGUAUGACAUUAGUAGUGGAAAACGCUUACAGGUGUUUACUAAUAUGCAUCGGGAGCAUAUUAAUGUAAUAAAGUUUGCAAACCAUUCCCCUUCUGUUUUCGCCACUUCUUCAUUCGAUCAGGAUGUCAAGAUGUGGGACCUAAGACAGAAACCAAUAAGUCCUUGCUAUUCCUCUUCAAGCUCUAGGGGUAAUGUGAUGGUUUGCUUUUCUCCUGAUGAUCACUAUCUUCUUGUCUCAGCUGUUGAUAACGAGGUUAGGCAACUGCUCGCAGUUGAUGGGAGACUUCACUUGAAUUUUGAGAUAGCCUCUACAGGAAGUUCUCAGAACUACACUCGAUCCUAUUACAUGAAUGGAAGAGAUUAUAUCAUCAGUGGGAGUUGUGAUGAGCAUGUUGUCCGCAUAUGCUGUGCUCAAACAGGGAGACGCCUGAGGGAUAUAUCUUUGGAGGGAGGAGGAAGAUCUAGGAGUUCUAUGUUUGUGCAAUCUUUGAGGGGUGAUCCUUUCAGAGAAUUCAACAUGAGUAUCUUGGCAGCCCAUAUGCGUCCAAGAUCGAAGUCUGAAAUUAUCAAGGUCAAUCUGCUAGCAUCUAGAGAUUAUGCCAAGGAACACUUUGAUGCUCAGCAGGCUUGCCCAACCAAUAAUAUGGGAGGUUGAUGUAUGUACCUAAUUUGCAAUAUGUGUAUACAUGUAUGUAGGUGUGUAACUACGAAUGUAUACAACCCUCGUCUUAGACAAGAAACAUGCAAAAUAGAAAACAUAGGUCAUUUAGCAGUCAGUUGCUUAGUGAUGAGAAUUCUUUUAGUUCUGAUUGUGUAUAUGAACAAACCAUUUGUAACAUAGUUAUUUCAGUCGAUGAAAACUAACUUUUUUCAUCGAGAAACCAA